CGGGCAGGAGCUAUCGGAGGUUUGAUUGGGUGGGAUUUGAUAGCGACCGCCGUUUCCGGGUAGCCUGUGAAGAAGCUUCAACAGUGUGGUGAGUUUUUCUUAAACUAAAAAACCCACACAGUUAGCAGUGAAUUUACCUCCAAGAAACGAUCAACCAGUUGGAAAUUUUCUCUAGAUAUUGCAGAAAAGAUGAAGUUAGUCCUCUCCAGCAUUGUGAACGGCUGCCGUCAGGGCAAGUUGAUUGAAGUAGGACGGAAUGGCAGUAAAAGUCUUGACAUUCCUGGUUGCCUUCUUUAUACACGGACAGGCACAGCUCCCCACCUAACCCAUGACACGCUUAGCCUUGUCGAAGGAGUUCCUGAACCUGUGCAUCUGACGUUAUCUACACUUGCAGAACAUCAAGAAGUUCUUGAAGAAUAUAAAGAGGGCAUUGGAAAAUUCAUAGGCAUGCCAGACUCGCUAAUUUAUUGUUCUCUAUACGACCCAGUUAGUCCAUGUCCAUCAGGGUACAACACAAAUAAAACUGUAUCAGUGUGGGGUGGAGGUGGCCGAAUUGAGCUGACAAUGUCAAAGUUCAUGGCAAUACAACAAGCUUUCAAACCUGACUGGUACCAGUGCAUGGCAGAUGGAGAGCCACUGCCUCCAGGAUCGUCAAGGAAGAGGAUAAAUAAACUAGUGGAUCGAACUCUGCGCUUCCUGGAUGAAUGUCUCAAGGUGCAUCAGAAUUCAGAGGAUCUGAAGGACACAGAAAUUAUAGGAGUUAUAGAAGGAGGGGACAUUCUUGAGGAGAGGCUGCGGUCGGUCAGAGAAACGAUGAAGCGGCCAGUUGGAGGUUUCCUUUUGGAUGGUUUUCAGGGAGAGACCAUGCCUGACGACCUGAAACUGGAUUUAAUCUCCUCGAUUACAGGAGAACUGCCUGCAGACAAACCAAGGUUGAUCCAUGGGAUUGGAAAGCCAGAUGAAGUACUAGAAUGUGUAUCAAGAGGAGUGGAUUUGUUUGAGGGUUUUUUCCCCUAUCAGGUUACUGAGCAAGGAAGAGCUCUGUCAUUCAAUUUUAAAUACCAGGAGGACCCAGAGACAGAAGUGUUACACAGAAACGGUUCUGGGGAUAAUGAGAUCAAAAGUAAGAGCCCGGACUGUGAGGGAAGGAUGACUGCUUUUUCAAUUGACCUGAAAAAUGAGAAGUUCCGUGAUGACUUCAGCCCCUUGGUGGAGGGCUGUCCUUGCUAUUGUUGCCAGAAUCAUACCCGUGCCUACCUCUACCAUCUUCUACUGACCAAUGAGCUAUUGGCUGGAGUUCUCCUCAUGAUCCACAACCUCCACCACUACUUUGCAUUCUUCCAAUCUAUCCGAGAUUCUUUGAAGGAUGGUCACUGGAAGGAACUUAAAGAGCUCAUUGAAAAACAGAAGGUAUAACAAAGACAUAGUUGACAGGACACAUGAUGGAUAUCUAUUCUUUAAGGCUUCUGGCAGGCAUUGGAUGCCGUGAUAUGUUUGUGAGAUAUGCUCACAACGUGAGCUAGUUAUUUUAACAUUUUAUUUCAUUGUGAUCGGAACUUUCUAGCACUCUGACUUGUGAUUUUCUCUAUCAUGUGCUGUAUUAUUAACAUGUGAUGAUAGAAGACAAGCAUAAGAUCUGAAAUCUGUGCUUUGGUUCAUUUAUUUUUCAUUUGUGCUAUAUGUAUUUUAUACGAAAUAUUUUUCUAUUAAAAUAUGGGAAAUAUAGUACCAUUUCAUUUGAUAUGAGAUGGGUUCUGAUGAAGUGGGUUUCUACAUCUUGGACCAAUGAACCCUGGAGACUUGCAGUGAUGCAUGAAUUUAACAAUAUUAUUCCAGUUUUUAUGGUUCCCAUCUAAUUAUGAGGGAGAUACCUUGUAAAUAUGGGGACAGAAUUGAAUGUUUUUCAAACUCAAACCAAUGUUUUAGCAAUUGAGAUUCUGCAGAUACUGAAAUCUAGAGUAACACACAAAGUGCUGGAGGAACUCAGCAGGUCUCGAGAGAGGAAUAUACAGUGGACAUUUCAGGCUGACUUCUUUCACCAGGACCUGAUGAAGGCUUUCCGCCUGAAAUAUCGACUGUUCGUUCCCCUCUGUAGAUGCUGCCUGACCUGCUGAGUUCCUCCAGCAUUUUGUGUUUGCUGGCCAAAGCAGAUGCAUGGAUGGUUUAAGCAAAUUAGGGUCCAAUUCUGGCUGCUAGAAUCCAGCAUAAGUUCUCUGACUGAUCUGAUGCAGUCCAAGCAAUUUUUUUAAGAAUUGUUAAAAAUUUCUGAAGAAGCAAACAUAAAACAGUUACUUUAAGGCUGAUCUUGCAAGGAUGAAGGACCUGGUUUGAUGUCCAUGGGUCCACAAAUCCACACAUAAGUUAAUGCAGGCCUACAAUUGUACCUUUCUGGGUGGGAAUUUGGGUAGUUGGAUUUCAAUCUCAAACUAUUUUAAUACCAGGUUUCCUUAGGCCUUUUGAUGUUAUGAAUCCUUUUGGAUUAAACUGGUGUUAUUUGUUCCAUAAUCUUAAGAGUUAUUUAUGAAAGUUAACAUUUCUAAAGUUUCAACAGUUGUAUUAUGCUUCAACCUCGUGUCUUUAAAUUAAUUCUGUCAUAACCAACACAUGCCCAUUUUAUUUAAAGCAUCAAAAUGAAUGGGUGUCUGCAAGAAUUAUGGAACUUCUAUUUAUAAUGUAAAGGCACUUGAAGAGUUUCAGAGGAUAAAAGUUACAAUGCACUUUAUUAAAAAGAUUUAUCCUUUCAGAAAUUCAUCAUUAUUGAAAACAACUGACAUUUCUAACAUGACACUGUUGAGAGUAAGUGUGACUCUGAUGUAUCAGCCUUUCAGGCUAACACCUUGAGAGUGCCGGAAAGCCUUUGUUGUGGUAGGAAUAUCUUUAGGACCAACUGGAGAUGAAUUACGACAGCUCAUUCUGCAGUUUGGCAGCUACUGCUCCAUCUUUUGCCCCGAGUCUUAUCAAUCAAAACUCUAAUCAAGAGUUUUAUUUUUUUAAUAUAAUUUUGGGAAUUAAAUGUGACUGUGCGCUAAUCGUUCAAUGCAUGAUGUGCUAUAUCUACUGUACAUAUAGUGUACAACGAGUGAAUCUAUGUUAAAGUGUCCUUUAUCCAAUUAGGAUAUUGAUAUCAGUGACCGCCUCUGAUAAGAAUAGGAGAACUGUCUUAGUGCUAUUUCGAACUAACAUGUAUAUUCCUCAGUCAUAAGACAUAGGAGCAGAAUUAGGUCAUUUGGCCCAUCGAGUCUGCUCCGCCAUUCAAUCAUGGCUGAUCCUUUUUUUUUACCCCUCCUCAGCCCCGCUCCCCGUAAGCUUUGAUAUCAUGUCCAAGAACCUGUCAUGCUCUACCUUAAAUACACCCAAUGACCUGGCUUCCACAGCUGUCUGUGGUAAGAAAUUCCACAAAUUUACUACCCUCUGGCUAAAGAAAUUUCUCUGCAUCUCUGUUUUAAAUGGACGCCCCCCCCCCCAUCCUGAGGCUGUCCCUUCUUGUCCUAGACUCCCCCCACCAUGUGAAACUUCUUUUCCACAUCUACUUUGUUGAGGCCUUUCAAUAUUCAGAAGUUUUCAUUUCAAUGAGAUCCCCCUUCAUCCUUCUAAAUUUCAUAUCAACAUUACUUAAAAGAAACUCGUGAUUUAGUAACGUAAGUGGUAAAUGAGUGUAAUGACUGUGAUAUCUUGCUGUGUGCCAAUUGGCCACUACAUUUUGUUAUCUUCUUGAGCAGUCUCGGGAUCAAGAGUGAUUUGUUUUCACUUCAGUUCAGUGUGUUCUGAGGUGGUGAAUGAGGUCAAUAUGGGAACUGCAGACCUUUCCAUACUUGGGACAUCAGGUCCCUGAUGGGCUGGGCAGGUGGGGAGUUGUGAGACUGUGUGCUCCUCCCAUUACUUAUGAGGGGCAACCCUAGUCCUGAUUCAUGGUUCUUAGUAUCAUCCUGAAUGGCAUUUCUCUGCUGGGGUUAGUCAUGAGCAAGAGGUUCUCAAGAGUCAGAGGAGAUGUUGCAUUGAACACAUCCUGCAAUUUUUUUUCUCUCUCCUCCUGGUAAUCUCUUCCCCUGAUGGAGCUCAGGAUAGAGUGUCUGUUCCAGGAGUCUAGUGUUGGGAAGGCAAACAAAAUGGUCAGUCCAAUGUAGUCAACUGAUUGUAACUAGGGCCUCAGUAUCUGGAACAUUGGCAUAAGAGGAGUUACUGUUGUUGGUUUACGUAUCUUCCAGUGAAUUUUGAUGAUGUUGUGAUGUUGUUUUGAUGAUGUAUUCCCCCAGAGCCUUGAGGUGACUGGUUUAGGUAGUCUGGGUUUCUGAAGCAUGUUGGAGGGCAAAGAUCCUUCUUGCCUAGAGGACCAUGAGGUCUGUGCCAGGACUGAGGUUUCGAUUUUUCAAAUCACUUUCCCUCAGUUGAUCAAAGGCUGUGUUGGCACAUUGAAGGUGAAUUUCAUAGUUGAUGUCUGCCUUUGCUGAGAGAUUGGAAGUGGUCCACGUUUUCCAAGGUUUAUCAUAAAACUUUAUUGUCAUUUGUCUUGUUGCAGCAGUGGUUGUAAAAUGUUUGGUAAUAUGUGAUGGUUAUAUUCUGUACUUCAUAACUUCAAAUCUUUCCUACCAUUAAAUGAACAGUAUAACCUUUGUGAUUACAAAUGGUAGUGACAAAGGAAAAUAACAUUUUUUUAAACAUGAUCACUAGAUGGCAGUGUAAUCCAACAUUAAUUUCUCCUCAUGUGGAGGAAUAAAAUUAAUCAAUAUUUGUAUUAUAAACAUAAAUAGAGAUUUAUAUAGGGGCCUGGGCCUAAGGGAAGGUGUGUGCUGAAAAUCUGUUUGAAUGCAAAUAAACAAUGUGUUAUCAUUUACUAAUGUUUUAUUAAUUGAUGUAUGAAAGGUAAUGCUGAGAAAAGAAAGCUAUAUGCUAAAAGGCUACCAUUCACCAAUCUUCAUCUGAUGUAUUAGUAAUAACUAUUGCUUCCAGAUGUAUAAAUUAUGGCUGAGUAAACUACGGUAAAUUCAGCUUUAUCUAACUUCUAACAUUCUUAAAUUCAUCCUUAAAAUUUAAAUUUUUCCAUGUUUUACUUGGUGUUCAAUUACAGAGUUUGAGAAUCUACUUGCCAAAAUGGGAAAUCAAUUAAUUUAUUUAUGGCCUAGCGGGAAUCUUAAGCUUAUAUUGAUGACCCAAAUUUUAGACUGCACUUCUGUAGUUCUGACUUGCCUGAAUUCACAGAAUAAUUAACUCAGUAUAACUGAUCAGCAAAUCAUUCAGAUAAAAAAUGCAAAAAGCAGAUUGCUUUAACACCAUAUAAGUAUAUAUUUAUUGUUACAUGUGUUGGUCUGUCUUUUGGCUAUAAACAACACCUGCCCAUCUGUGGAGUAGUUUUGUGAAACCAUCUCUGAAGUGCAGAAAGAUAGAGGUGGCCAGUGGAUCAGGAACCCAAUCAUCUUUAAACAGAGAAGAAAGACACAAUGAAUAUCAAGCAAAAAGAAAUUGCAAAAGAUCUUCAGAAAUGGUGAUUGAAGAAACGGGCAUCACUGGAGACAAGUUAACACAAACUGUACAUCUCUUUCAUAUACAUGUUUAUAAAUUCAUGCUUCUUAGCAUUAACUGUAAUCAAAACAAAAUAAAA